AUGCCACCCCAAGAUCCCGUCGACAAGCGCCAAGCCGCCCGCGAGGUCAUUGAUAUCCUCCAGGAAAUCUCCGAGCUACUAAACACCAACCUCGAUCGUACAGAGCUCUCGCUGUGCGUGUCAUUGAUUGAGAAUGGGGUCAACCCCGAUGCGCUUGCGACGGUGAUCAAGGAUUUAAGAAAAGAGGCUACGAACACUAAACGUUUGUCACGCGCGCCUGCUUCUGCUACAGCGGAUUGA